AUGAAUGAUCCAGAAGAAAAAAGAUCAGCCUUAGUGGACUUAUCAGGCGACGAUAGGCCCGUAAACCCUUCCAUUAAACCAUUGCGGAAAGGUCAAAAGGUACUGGGCUGUGGAUCGAAGAAAUGUGUGAAAAGAUUGGUACAGGUCUCACUCUGCGUGGCAGGUGUGCCCCUGGUUUUACUUUUAGUGGUUGUUCCACUCCUGAUCUACUUCUUCCCUCAUCUCAUGCAGCAUUUGUUCUUCUUGAACUUCCGGCGUAUGCCGAUGACUGACUAUGAAAACGUUACUGCAAAUAGUGUAAAGUCAAUCGGAAGAAGUUUUUACUUAGAUGGAGAGCAGGGAAAAAUAGGAACCUGGCAUGUAUUGCCAGCAUCAAUAUCUAAUAAAUUCAAAGAAAGUGGUAUUCAACCCUCUGAUCAGGAAAUAGAAGACUUAAUCAAAAAGGAAAGGUUUCCGGUUUUUCUCUAUGCACACGGAAAUUCUUUUGACAGGACAAUAAGCCAUCGAUGCGAGCUUUACAAUGUCCUCAGUGACCAAGAUUACCAUGUUAUUGCAUUCGAUUAUAGAGGUUAUGGCGAUUCUGAAGGCAGUCCUACUGAAGAUGGAAUCGUAGCUGACACUCGUACUGUGUAUGAAUAUGCACUCAAGCAUAUCGGGAGUAAUACAUUAAUUAUUUGGGGACAUUCCAUGGGGACGGGAGUCAGUACUAGACUUGUUCAACAACUAUCGAAUGAAGGAAAAGCUCCUGACGGCUUGGUCUUAGAGGCCGCUUUCAAUAACCUACACGAUGUAGUGGUAAAUCAUCCAUUCAGUAUUCCGCUCAGAUGGAUGUCAAGCAAAAUGUUCGAUUCAUUAAUAGUCAACCCUUUACGAAGUGCUGGAUUAAUUAUGGAAAGUGACAAACGUAUAACGGAAAUCACCUGUCCUAUACUCAUCAUGCAUGCUGAUGACGAUCAUGUUAUACCUGCUCGACUAGGCAGGCUACUCGCGGAAUCUGCCGAGCGAGCUGGAAGAGAUGUAGAAUAUGUCGAGUUUGAUGCAAAAAGAGAAUUCAAACAUAAAUUUAUUUAUUUAGCUCCAGAGCUUCCCCAAAUAGUCAGAGACUUCGUCCGUAAAUGCGAACGUGUCAAACAUUCUAUGUGA